AUGAUAAAUAAGAGUUGGAUUGACAAGCCAAUAAAAUCAAAAGAGUUUAAAGAUGGGGUGGUCCAAUUUUUGGACUUUGCCUUUUCUAAUGCAGCAGUCAAUGGAAAAAUAUUGUGUCCUUGUAUUACAUGCGGAUUUAAUCUUUCGGGUAAUAGAGUUGAAGUAUUUGCUCAUCUCCUUCGAAGGGGAUUUCCUAGCAAGUACACAUUUUGGAAUAUGCAUGGGGAGAAACAUAUCCAACGCAAUGUUGAAUCAGAAGGCCAAGUAGAAACGCCGCCAACUAGACAACGUCCAAUGCAAGAUAUGUUAAAUGAUGUCUUUGGUGUCUUAAUUGAUCAAGGAGUUCAAGAUCAUGGGCCAUCAAAUCCUUCUAAUAUCGAGGACCCCACAAGUACAGAGGAUAUAAGUAAUGAGGAGUUGAAAAAGAUUAAAGAUUUGAUGGAAGAUGGAAAUCAAGAACUCUAUCCUGGAUGCACAAAACAUAGCAAACUAUCAUUCAUUGUUCGUCUCUACCAUAUAAAAAUUUUAUGUGGUGCCACAGAUAAAACAUUUUCGAUGCUUAUUGAACUUCUAAAUGAUGUUUUUCCCUUUGCUAAACUGCCAACAUCUUUCUAUGAAGCAAAAAAGACGAUCAAGAGGAUAGGUUUGAGUUACAAUAAGAUUCAUGCUUGUCCAAAUCACUGCAUGUUGUAUUGGGGAUCAGAAGAGGAUGAGAAGAGAGAUGAAUGCAAGAUAUGUAAUACAUCUAGAUGGAAAGUAGAAGAAAAGGAUGGUUCUUCAAAUGGUGUAAAUGAUGGUACGAAAAAGAAACAAAAACCAGCAAAAAUAUUGCGAUACUUCCCACUUAUACCAAGGUUGCAAAGGCUGUACAUGUCUUCUAAAACUGCAGAGUUAUUGAAAUGGCAUGCUAUGGUGGCAAAUCCUGAUGGGUUGUUAAGGCAUCCUAGAGAUACUAAAGCAUGGAAAGAGUUCAAUUCAUUUUAUCCAGAAUUUGCGAUUGAUCCUCGUAAUGUCCGACUCGCAUUAGCUACUGAUGGUUUCAAUCCAUUUGGAACUUUAAGUUCUUCAAACAGCAUUUGGCCUGUAAUGUUGUAUCUUUAUAACUAUCCUCCAUGGUAUUGUAUGAAGCCAACUUCUCUUAUCAUGUCAAUGAUAAUUCCCGGACCUAAGAUGCCUGGAAAUAAAAUUGAUGUUUACUUGCAGCCUCUAGUUGCUGAGUUAAAUCAAUUGUGGAUUGGUGUUGAUGCUUAUGAUAUCUCAACUAAAGAAAUGUUUCAAAUGAGAGCUGCAUUAUUUUGUACAAUUAGUGACUUUCCAGGUCUUGAUAACUUAUCUGGGUGGAACACACACACGUCGUUUGCUUGUCCAUCAUGUAAGUUUGAUACAAAAUCUAAAAGGCUUAAGUUUGGUCAGAAAAAUUGUUUCAUGGGUCAUCGCCAAUAUUUACCCCAUGGUCAUAAGUACAGGUACAAUACAAAAUCCUUUGAUGGAUAUGUGGAACAUAGUCUUGCGCCUCAUCAAAUGUCAGGUUCAUCGACACUACGACAAAUUGAGGAUUAUCUAAAAAAGGCUCGUGAUGAAGGUACGAGUAAGAAAGGCCCACAACAAUGGAAGAAAAAAAGUAUCUUUUGGAACUUGCCUUACUGGGAGCAUAAUCUUAUCCGUCAUUGCCUUGAUAUGAUGCACAUAGAAAAGAAUGUUUGUGACAAUGUAUUGUUCACAGUGCUUGAUGACAAAAAUAGAACAAAAGAUAAUCUUUCUGCUCGUAAAGACUUGCAAAUUAUGGGAAUUAGACCAAGUCUUCAUCCAUAUCCAGAUCCCAAUUCCUCUAAAUUUCCUCAUUCGUGCUUUAAAAUGAAAGCUAAGGAAAAAGACAUGUUCCUAAAAAUUCUUAAAGAUGUGGUUUUUCCUGAUAGUUAUGCAUCAAAUAUUUCUAGAUGUGUUGAUACUAAGAAACGCAAAAUAUCUGGUCUAAAGAGUCAUGACUCACACAUUCUGAUUGAACAUCUUCUACCAAUUGCGUUUAGAAAAACUCUUCCAAAAGAAGUUGCUUCAGUGUUGAUUGAGUUAUGUAACUACUUUAGAGAAAUUUCAUCAAAGGUUCUAGAUGUCAAGAAUAUAGAGAAACUACAACAAAGAAUUUCUCUAACCCUUUGCCAUAUGGAGAUGAUAUUUCCUCCUUCAUUUUUCACUAUUAUGGUUCAUUUAGUCAUUCAUUUGGGAGAGGAAGCAAUGAUUGCAGGUCCAGUGCAUUAUAGAUGGAUGUACCCUGUUGAAAGGACCCUUGGCCAUUUAAAAUCAUAUGUUCGUAAUAAGGCUACACCAGAAGGUUGUAUAGCUGAAGGAUACAUUAUGGAAGAAUGCCUCACAUUUUGUUCAAGAUAUUUUGAAGAUGGCGAUAUUGAAACGAGGUUCAACCGACCAAGACGCAAUGAUGAUGAUAAUGGGCUUAAUAAUAGUAGUGAUUCUACUAUCUUGUCAAAUUUAUUUCCAGCAUUAGGUAAGCCUAUUGGAGCCAUCAAGAUUGUUUCACUCUCGCACUUGGAUAAGAUACAAGCUCAUCGUUACGUGUUAACUAAUUGUGAAUUAGUAGACAAAUUUCGUGAGUAA